UGGUAACCUAGAGUGGCUAGCCUUUGUAUUGCGAUUAGGAGCCUGUAAGAUUGCAGAACGUGUCUUAGAGAGAUUUUUAAACUGUGGAGCGAGCCAUAAAAAUUCAUUUCUAUACGCUGUAAGGUUAUUUCCAGCUUGUCGGCGAUCGUCUGUGCAACUUUGAAAGCGUUUGUAGUCUAAAGAAAUCUAGUUUUUUGAGUUUCGUAAAUCAGGAUGAUGUACAAGUUGUCAUUUGCGAUAGUUCUUCUAGCCGUAGUUAUUGCAGUUCAAAAUGCCGUAGCAAAGAAAAAAACCCCGGUACGAGUGAAAGAAGGCUCGUUCUCAGAUCAAGAGCAUUUUCAUGAUGGCAAACACGAUGCAAAGUAUGACCACGAUGCCUUCCUUGGAGAAGAUCAAGCAAAUGAGAUGGAAAAGUUGUCACCUACAGAAACCAAGAAACGACUUAGAUCUCUUUUUGUCAAAAUGGACGUAGAUGGUGACAAAAAACUAUCCCGUAAAGAAUUAACAGACUGGAUAGUAGAUAACAUGAAGAAACACGUGUUGAAAAGCACAAAAAUGAGAAUGAAGGAACUUGACAAGAAUAAAGAUGGCAAGGCCUCAUGGGAUGAAUAUGUAAAUGAACAGUACGAAAUGGUGUCAAUAGACACGCCCGAAGGAAAACAUUGAGCAGCUUGACAAAGAUGGCGAUGGAAAAAUCAACUUUGAGGAGUAUUACGGGGCUGGGGAAUCUGAAGGCAUCAUGAAAGACGAGGAGUCAUUAAAUUCCUUCAGAGAAUCCUUUAAUAAGGAUCUGGACAAGAACCACGAUGGAGUCUUGGAUAAUGACGAAAUCAGGGAUUGGAUUCUACCGGGUGGAAACGUAGAUCCUGCUGCAGGCGAAGCUGAUCAUCUUAUGAAAGAGGCUGAUUUGAAUAAGGAUAACUACCUAACUGUAGAAGAGAUAAUAAAAAACCACGAGUUAUUUUCUGGUAGCAGAGUGACAGCUUACGGCGAUCUUCUCAAACAAAAGAAGGAGUUAUAAUUGUUCUGAUCAUCAAGUUAAAUCAUCAAUUUUGAUUCAGUUUAGGAUAUGUAGCUGAUGUUCAACGCUUCUCAACUAAAAAUAGCAUAAGUUUUAAAGAUUUUAUUGGAUAAGUAAUACGAUCAAUCGCAUGCAGUGGGUGAGCUUUAUCGUAUAACCAGUGCACACAGGGCACGCAGAAAAGUGUUUAGCAUUGGUGCUGUAGAAUUUGCUGGAAUUAGUGACCUUGAGAUUUCAUGAUUAAUUUGCUCUUUGCAGACGCUAGACCGUAUGAAAGUGUAUAAUCCACUUUAAUAACAAUGAAAACAUUUUGAAAAAAAAUUGAAUGGUGUUUUGAUAAUAAACUUAGAUACUGAUA